AUGGCCGACUACGAUACCGAAACUCCUCUCGACGAACAUCGAGAUCCAUUCACUACUCACAACGAGCAGGACGACUCGAGCGACAUCAGUAGUGACACAUCUGGCUCUGCGCCAGGUUCUCCACGCGAAGUCGAGCCGGAGGAAGAGUGGGUGACGCAAUGUCAGUGGGAUGAGUGUAAUGAGGAUUUAGGAACCUUAGAUGGAUUGGUGAGACAUAUACACGAUGAUCACAUUGGCACCCGCCGCCCGAAAUACACCUGUGAAUGGCGCAGCUGUCCCCGAAGAUCCAUCCCCCAAACCUCCCGUUUCGCACUCGUCGCCCAUAUCCGCUCUCAUACAGGCGAGAAGCCAUUCUUCUGCGGCGUCCCCGAAUGUGAUAAGAGUUUCACCAGAUCAGACGCGUUGGCGAAACAUAUGAGGACGGUGCAUGAGGGUGGAGACUUGAGACCUAGUGAUCCGGUGCCGAAGGGCCAUUGGAUGCAUCCUCAGAACGUGGCGGACAGAGCUUAUGCUGCGGCGAGGGCGAUGAAGGCAGGAGCGGGAUCGAGACCUGGGACUGGGAUGGGCGACGAGGAGGAUGAGGAGGGCAAUGAGUUGGAUGAAGUCGAAGUAGGGAAGAGCGCGGUGGAACAAUGGAGGUACCUGAAGAGGAAAAUGGCAUGGGCGAAAGAGGAGGAGGAAAGACUGAAGAAAGAGCUUGAAUGGGCAGAGAAAAAGAGAAGAAGAUGUUGGGUUAAAAAGGAGGACAUGGUCGAGGAUGUGAUCAGGAAGGAUCUAGGCGAUGAGGAAGCUGGCAGGUUGACUGCUUGA